AUGCCCUCCCAAUCUCUCCUAUCCGACAGCACCUUCGAUCCACUCUUGAAAGACGACAAAUGGCUCGACGCAUCAAGUCUCAGUUCGCUGAGCCAAAGCUAUAACAAAUACACAAAAUGGUGCCAGAGAGCGGAGAGUCGACUCGCUUCCUCGCAGGGAGGUGUUCAUGGGGUAAACACGAGCAUAAGCAGGCCUGGUCUCGCAAACCUGCGUUGGAUUUGUUUACUCCUUCAUCUCCUGCUGUGCAUUCUACACAUUGUCCUUCUCCUCAUCAACAGAUACGAGCUAGAGCACAGCUGGAUAGUCACUGUCGUAAACUACAACUCGAGGCUUCCGACUGCACUUAGUGUAUCCCUUCAGGCAUUUUACACCCUCUAUGUGACAGUCCUCAUCACGCUUACUCAACGCCUUGGCCUCAUCCGUGCGGUUCAAUGCCGUCAAACCCUCACUGCACUCGCAGAUUCAUGCACUGCGUGGUCGGGACUUGGCAGCGCUCUCAUUGGUCUCCGGAAUAACAUCCGUAUGCCUGCGGCGCUGCUUUCCACUCUUUUGAUCAUCGCCUAUCUCAUAUGCGGGUUCGUCCUCCACGUAGUCAGCAGCAGCAUCAUGGUGAUGGUGCCAUUUCGAUAUGCAAUCUCCAAUGCGACCUAUGAGAUCCCGAUGCAGUUUAGGACCCCAUCUAUGGUAAUCGGCGAGGUAAUAGACCCGGAAUGGGAGAGAUUUCUGGCGUAUCCGUAUGGUCUUGGGAAUCUCACGGGCGAACCUCAGGCGACGCAGGGUCUCAAUGGGACGACAUUUUAUGAUACGGCGUUGAAGCAAGACUACGCGGUCGGGAUCAUAUCGGUAAACUCGACAACCAUUGGGUUCAAAUGUGGACUUUUGCCGAAGACCAACGUAUCUUUGAGUGCUCAAAACUCGUCAGGUAAACUGGUUUGGAAUGGUGUUGUCGCUUCAGACUCAUUGGUCAUUCCAUGUGAAUUGAUUGUUCUCCCUAUUGAUGUUAUAUACAUGCUCACUACCCCACUUACUUCCUCGGUAUCCCUCAGCAAUAUGUAUGGUAUACCUAUUGGCUGGACGUACCCUGAAGCAAUCUCCUCCGAUAUUUCUCGAAGCGGGUACGCAACCAACACUACCAUGCUCGCGUUCUUUGCGGGGUGCAGGAUGACAGCUACUCCAGGUUCUAUCAACGUCGACUUGCAGACAAAUGAGCCACGUAGCUGUCUGCCUAAAGCUAACAAUGACGAGCAUAGGACUUGGGAUGGUUUAUCAGGCGAGAAUUUCACCGAGCUCCAGACACGAGACAUGUCAUCACCCGGGCAUCAUAUGCUUUCCACGGCCUUGGGUAAUGGGCCAUUGGAAAAUGCCACUCUCUUAGACAGACAGGGCCAAAACUACACGCUGUCUGUUGCUGAUUAUUGGUUGAAUCGCCAACUCGGGACCGGUGUAGAACGUUCUCCUACAAACUCGGCUUCAAACAGUGCAGAUGUCUCCCUCGCUUUAGCAAAGUUCGAAAAUGCACUGGCGAGAGUUGCGGCGGUAAUCAUGUGGACAGCAAGCUCUAGCACGAUUGAAGAAUCCGGAUUAAGUGAACCCUCGCCCAAGGGGCCCCCAUAUGAACCUCCAGAGGACCAAGGACUGCCAGGCGUGGCGGAAGUCACAACGAUCGCCCAGGUCUCGAGACUCAACAUCAAUACCACUCCGCUCUACUUUGCAUUGACCGCUUCUUUGAUCAUGUUUUUCCUCGCCAUGCACCUCGUGGGUCUCCGGCGGCAGGAAAAUGCGGUCAUUCCAAGCGUGGGCAUCCUUGAAGUAGUAUGGCUAGCAGAACGGGACACUCAGAUACGAACGAGGAUUGCGGAUGUGGAGGAGCCCACUUCUCGCAAUCUGAGAAAGGCGGGAAUGCGCAGGCUUCAUUUGGCAGGAGAGCUGGAAGAGAAAUGUGGAGAGGAAGAGGUGAAGGAGUUUGAUAUUUCCGAGUACUUAUAA